AGUCGUGCAAAAAAGCAACGAGUGCUGCGGGUCCUACCGGGUUUGCUGCUGGUGGUUCUGCUGCUGUUGGUGCCGGUGGUAAAAUCAGCGGUGGUCGUAACAAUCACCAUCCGACAGUAAGCUCAGAUACUGCGGCCAUGCAGAUGAUGGGGUUGAUGACGGGUUGUAACAACGAUAUGCAUGAAAUGCAAACGUUGAUCCGCUCGAGUGGUAACUGUCGGCAACCGAGUGGUGGUGGUGAUGGUGGUGUGGCAGCGGCAGCUACUACUGGGUUACUGGCGAACGGUUUAGGUAGUAAUUCCAUGUACGGUAAUCCGACAACUCCAGCUUCGGCUCCGUACGCACCGCAAGUCGGGGUGCCAUCGCAAACCGUAGCAUUCAGCGAGCUAGCAGGGGCGCCAACAGUUCUACUGAAUGUAACUGUUCCAUCGCAAUGUCGUAAGAAUACUACCUCUGGCUAUAGUCCUAUGACCACGUACAAAGAGCUGAUCGAGAUGGACCGCCUCAAAGACGGGGCCAUUGAUAUACCUCCGGUUACCACAACCAGCACAACCGCCACCACCUCCACCAUCACCACCAACGCCACAGAUACUAGUUCCAUUUCAAUCGGUGAUACCACUUGCAUCGCAACAAACCCACAGUAUUUAAUAAGUAAUGGCUCCACGGCGAAACAAGAUUCUGGCAGGAUCUCCACUGGAACCCUCGCAUACACCGGUGAUCGUAAGCGAUCACCUACACUGUCCUUCUCUUCCAAAUCAUCUUGCGCUGCCCUAACGCAUUCGCCAUCGUUACCGUCGUCAUCCGGUGCAUCAGCAUCAGCAUCAUCAUCGUCAUCAUCGUCGUCGUCACCGUCAACACCACCAUCAUCGUUAUCACCUCUCUCCUCCAAGUUAUACGUUAUUCAAUCACGAUCGCCGACGGCACUGGUGCCAAGCUCCUCGGUGCAUGACAGUAGUCGGCGCCAAUUGCUCGACACAACCUUAGAUAGUAACUGUAGCACCUAUACCGUAGAGGAAGAACCAUCGGUACAACAAUCGCUACCCUUAGUAAAGCCAGCGCUACCUUCUUCACCACCUACUUCACAAACAAUGUACGAUUACGAAUACGCAACGAACUGUGAUGAUGAUAGAGCCCGUGUGACUAGCAGCGACAAAGCACGGCAGCAGCAGAAGGUGAACUUUCGAAAAGUGCCCGGAGCAAGCAUAGCUUCAGAGAGUAACGUGAUCGAAGGGAAGAAACAGUUGUCAGGCACCGCCCUAAUCGUGCCCAACCUCGCUAACCAAAAACAGCAAGAGUUGGUAGUUGUAAUGGGGGCUGAGGCACCAGCAGUGCUUCCGGCUGGCAAACGCCCCGGCUAUAAGCAGAAUGGCAUAGGACGAGUUCCGGAAGAAAAUCGAUGCUACAGUAGCCGUAUUUGUAGUAAUAAUAACGAAAGCAGUCCAGCCGGUGGCCAUGGUAUUGACGGUGAGAACGACGACAACGACAAUGGCGAAGAAGAAGAUGAUGACAAUGACGACGAUGAUGAAGAGCUGGACAAUUCGGCGUCACUGUUAAACACGAGCAGCCUCAGUACAAAACCCCUCCAUCAGCAGAAUCACACUUCCAGCUGGAACUUUCGGAGGCCCAUCAUAGGGCCGAAUGGUUAAGAUGAAUACGAAAUCAUCCCGACGACCAGACAGCGAUGAUGCAGAUCAAUCGGCCGACAUGAUUGUGUGGUAACCAAUCAGUUUAUCAUUUACACAGCAUGACAUGCUGAUAGCCAUCGAAACUCUCGCUUUAGGGUCAAGAGACGAUCUCUCUUCCCUGAACACAGCAAACACUAUCCGCCUCUCAGGUACAAUCGCUUAUGUUAUAGGUUUGAGAUGCCGUUGUACUCUCAUUAUUUUUUGUUUAUUAUUAAGACACAGUUCCGUUUUUGGCUCUUGAUUUAGCUCUCCUCCCUUCCUACAGUGGGGGAUCGAGAGUGAUCGCGAACACUGGUCGAUGCUACCACGUUUGUGCUGGUCAGCCACGCUAACGAGAGACUAGAGAGAAGAGCAGACAGACGCCAUUAACAUGGCAACAUCUGAUCCCCUACAGCUCUGCCAGCUUUUGGGGAGUAGAGUAGCAUAGUUUGGAUAAGCAAAAAAGAAGCAGAGGCUUUACUGUUACGUAUAUUUGAUUAGUUUAAGCAUUACUCUUAAUUCCAUUUUAUUUUCAUGCUUAUUGACACUGCGAUUACGGAACGUGACGUAUCCGCGGUCGCGAGGGUUACCUUUCCCAACUUAACCUGCUCAAAGGACUCACCCAAUGCUAACCUUCUCCCCGUAAUGAUUGAUGCUCGCUACCAAUGCACGACAGACUAGCUUUUGUCUAACAAGUUGUAGGAUUACUACUAUUACUACAGCACGCGGUGCGUGAAAAAGAGUCCGUGAUUCCCUUCCAUCGACUAUAGGCUAUUGCCGAGCAUGAAAACUCGUAGAAAAACCGAAACACACAUUUCAAGUGAGUAACACGCGGG